UCAGCGCCUCAGCCGCAGCAUCAUUCCCGUUCCCCAGCCUGGAUCCCACUCUGCAGGCUCAAUCCGGGAGACAGCUCACCAUGGCUGACCUGGGAGAAGGAGAGGAUGAGAUCCAGUUCCUGCGAACAGAUGAUGAAGUGGUUCUACAGUGCUCAGCUACAAUUCAAAAAGAGCAGCAGAAGCUCUGCCUGGCAGCUGAAGGCUUCGGAAACAGACUCUGCUUCCUGGAGUCCAUCUCCAACUCCAAGAAUGUUCCUCCAGAUCUUUCCAUCUGUACCUUUGUGCUGGAGCAGUCCCUAUCUGUCCGAGCCCUUCAGGAGAUGCUGGCCAGCACAGAGGAGAAGGCUGAAGGGGCAGCCCAGGGUGGUGGACAUCGCACUCUGCUGUAUGGACACGCUGUUUUACUACGACACUCCUACAGCGGAAUGUUCUUGUGCUGUCUGUCCACCUCACGGUCGUCUACAGACAAACUGGCUUUUGACGUGGGACUGCAGGAGGAAACGACAGGUGAGGCAUGCUGGUGGACCAUCCAUCCAGCAUCAAAGCAGCGUUCAGAGGGAGAGAAGGUUAGAGUGGGAGAUGAUCUCAUCCUGGUCAGCGUCUCCUCUGAAAGAUAUCUGCAUCUGUCCUAUGGGAAUGGCAGCCUGCAGGUAGAUGCAGCCUUUCAGCAGACACUAUGGAGUGUGGCUCCCAUCUGUUCUGGCAGUGAAGUAGCACAAGGUUUCCUAAUAGGAGGGGAUGUUUUGCGGCUCCUCCAUGGACAUAUGGAUGAAUGUCUGACUGUUCCAUCUGGAGAACAUGGAGAGGAACAAAGAAGGUCAGUGCACUAUGAAGGAGGAGCAGUUUCGAGUCAUGCUAGGUCCCUGUGGAGACUGGAGACGCUGCGCGUCAUGUGGAGUGGGAGUCAUAUCCGUUGGGGUCAGCCUUUCAGACUCAGACAUGUAACUACAGGGAAAUAUCUGAGUCUGACUGAAGAUAAGUCUCUUCUUCUGAUGGACAAAGAGAAAGCCGAUGUGAGGUCCACUGCCUUCUGCUUCAGGUUGUCCAAGGAAAAGCUGGACCCUGGAGUGAGGAAGGAGGUGGAUGGGAUGGGUACACCAGACAUUAAGUAUGGUGACUCUGUGUGCUAUAUUCAACAUGUCAACACCUCCCUGUGGCUUACAUACCAAACUAUUGAUGCAAAGUGUGCGCGCAUGGGUGGAGUACAGAGAAAGGCCAUCAUGCACCAUGAAGGUCACAUGGACGAUGGGCUCACUCUGUCUCGGUCACAACAUGAGGAGAGCCGGACUGCCAGGGUCAUCCGCAGUACCGUCUUUCUCUUCAACAUUUUCAUCAGAGGUCUGGACACAGUGAGAAAAAAAGGAAAAAGUUCUACUUUAGAUCUUCCAAUAGACUCAGUCAGUCUCAGUCUACAAGAUCUGAUUGGCUACUUCCAACCACCUGAAGAUCACCUGGACCAUGAAGACAAGCAGAACCGGCUGAGAGCUCUAAAAAACAGACAGAACCUCUUCCAAGAGGAGGGGAUGAUCAGCCUGGUGCUGGAGUGUAUUGAUCGUCUCCAUGUGUACAGCAGCGCAGCUCACUUUGCUGAGGUGGUUGGAAGGGAGGCUGCAGAGGCCUGGAGCUCCAUCCUGAACUCUUUGUAUCAACUGCUGGCUGCAUUGAUCCGGGGAAACAGGAAAAACUGUGCUCAGUUUUCCGGCUCUCUCGACUGGCUGAUAAGCAGACUGGAGCGACUGGAAGCUUCUUCAGGUAUCUUGGAGGUGCUUCAUUGUGUGCUGGUGGAAAGCCCAGAAGCCCUAAACAUAAUCAAAGAAGGACACAUCAAAUCUAUCAUUUCUCUUCUGGACAAGCAUGGACGCAACCAUAAGGUCCUAGACGUGUUGUGUUCACUGUGUGUCUGUAAUGGCGUGGCGGUGCGCUCCAACCAGCACCUGAUCUGUGAUAACCUGCUGCCAGGAAGAGAUCUGCUGCUGCAGACCCGCCUCACCAACCACGUAAGCAGUAUGCGCCCAAACAUCUUCCUGGGUGUCAGUGAUGGCUCUGCCCAGUACAGAAAAUGGUACUAUGAACUUAUUGUGGAUCAGACGGUGCCAUUUGUCACGUCAGAACCCACUCACCUCAGGGUUGGCUGGGCCAACACCAGUGGCUAUGCGCCGUACCCCAGUGGAGGGGAGGGCUGGGGAGGCAAUGGAGUGGGUGAUGAUCUCUACUCCUACGGCUUCGAUGGACUUCACCUGUGGUCAGGCUGCAUUGCACGGACUGUUACAUCACCCAAUCAGCACCUGCUGCGUUCAGAAGAUGUGGUGAGCUGCUGCCUGGACCUGAGCAUUCCCAGCAUCUCCUUCAGGAUCAACGGCCAGCCUGUUCAGGGCAUGUUCGAGAACUUCAACUCAGAGGGCCUUUUCUUUCCUGUGGCCAGUUUCUCUGCGGGGGUCAAGGUGCGUUUUCUCCUCGGGGGGCGUCAUGGAGAGUUCAAAUUCCUCCCCCCUUCAGGCUACGCCCCCUGCUUUGAGGCAGUGUUGCCCAGGGAGAAACUCAAACUGGAGGCCAGCCAGGACCAGACUGUAGCCAGAGACCUGCUGGGACCCACUGUCACUCUGAGCCAGGCCGCAUUCACACCCACCCCUGUGGACACCAGCCAGAUUGUUCUGCCAUCUCACUUGGAGAGAAUCAGGGAGAAACUUGCAGAAAACAUCCAUGAACUGUGGGUGAUGAACAAGAUCGAACUGGGCUGGACGUACGGUGUGGUGCGAGACGAUAACAAGCGGCAGCACCCCUGCUUAGUGGAGUUUUCAAAGCUUCCUGAACAGGAACGAAGCUACAACCUGCAAAUGUCUCUGGAGACUCUGAAAACCUUACUUGCUUUGGGAUGCCAUGUUGGAUUAGCAGAUGAACAUGCUGUUGAAAAAGUAAAGGGCAUGAAACUAUCACCAACGUAUGAGUUGUCCAGUGGCUACAAACCUGCUCCUCUGGACCUGGGUCACAUCAAGCUGACUCCCACACAGGAAGCAAUGGUGGACAAGCUGGCUGAAAAUGCCCACAAUGUCUGGGCAAGAGACCGAAUCCGUCAGGGCUGGACAUAUGGAAUCCAACAGGAUGUGAAGAACCGGAGAAACCCUCGCCUUGUUCCAUACAUGCUGCUUGAUGAGAGAACCAAAAAGUCUAAUAAAGACAGUCUGAGAGAGGCUGUUAGGACUCUAUUGGGCUAUGGAUACAACCUAGAAGCUCCAGACCAGGAUCAUGCUGCUCAGUCUGACGUCAGCAAUGUGUCUGCAGAGAGAUUUCGCAUUUUCAGAGCAGAGAAGACCUACUGCGUUAACACUGGGAAGUGGUACUUUGAGCUGGAGGUACUGACAGCUGGAGAAAUGAGGGUGGGCUGGGCAAGGCCAGGCUGUCUACCAGACCAGGAGCUGGGAUCUGAUGACCAGGCCUUUGUCUUCGAUGGUUUUAAGGUCCAGCGCUGGCAUCAGGGCAAUGAGCACUUUGGCCGUGCCUGGCAGACUGGUGAUGUAGUGGGCUGCAUGGUGGAUCUGAACGAGCACACAAUGAUGUUCACUAUGAAUGGAGAAGUGCUGCUGGAUGAUUCUGGAUCUGAGCUGGCCUUCAAGGAUUUUGAAGUUGCUGAAGGCUUCAUCCCAGUCUGCAGUCUGGGAAUGUGUCAGGUUGGGAGGAUGGAUUUUGGUAAAGAUGUCAGCACUCUGAAGUACUUCACCAUCUGUGGCCUGCAGGAAGGCUAUGAGCCGUUCGCCGUCAAUAUGAACCGAGAUGUAACCAUGUGGCUCAGCAAGAGGCUGCCUCAGUUUGUGCCUGUUCCCCCCAACCACCAACACAUUGAGGUGACCAGGAUGGAUGGAACAGUGGAGUCGUGUCCCUGCCUUAAGGUCACCCAGAGGUCAUUUGGUUCCCAGAACAGUUACAAUGACAUCACUUUCUACAGGCUGAGCAUGCCUAUAGAGUGCGCUGAAUCCAGAUCCCCGUCUUAUGGCAGCCUGUUCUCACCGAAGAGGGAGCUGGAGGAUUUUGAAACUGUGUCAGACUUUGAAGUCUUGUUGAAGUCAUCUCAUGGUCCCAAUGGUCCCAGUGGACAUGACAGAGAUGAAUUCAACAACCACAAAGACUACACCCAGGAGAAGCCUUCCAAGCUAAAGCAACGGUUCACACUGAAGAAAAACAAGCCAGACAACAGCUGUCCAUCAUCUGCUCGCCUAUCAGAGGAAGUGGCGGUCGACGACAGAGAGGGCUACGAAGUCCUAAUGCAAGCUUCUACUUACUACUACUCAGUGCGGAUCUUCCCUGGUCAGGAGCCCAGCAGUGUGUGGGUCGGCUGGGUUACCUCUGACUUUCAUCAGUAUGACCCAAGCUUUGAGCUGAGCAAAGUCCGAACUGUCACCGUUACCCUGGGAGAUGAGAAAGGAAAAGUUCAUGAGAGCAUAAAGCGCAGUAACUGCUACAUGGUGUGGGCUGGAGAGAGCAGCAGCCCAGGACAGGGCAGGAACAAUAACGGCCUGGAAAUCGGCUGCCUGGUGGACACAACAAACGGUCUGCUGUCCUUCACAGCCAAUGGGAAAGAGCUCAGCAUGUAUUACCAGGUGGAGCCUAGUACAAAACUGUUUCCAGCUGUUUUUGCCAAGGCCACCAGUCCCAACGUCUUCCAGUUUGAACUUGGCCGGAUUAAGAAUGUGAUGCCUCUGUCAGCUGGUUUGUUUAAAAGUGAGAGGAAGAACCCAGCUCCCCAGUGUCCCCCGCGCCUCCAUGUCCAGUUUCUCACUCCAGUGUUAUGGAGCCGUGUUCCCAAUCACUUCCUCAAGGUUUCAGCUUCCAGAGUGAAUGAUCGACACGGCUGGCAGGUCCAGUGUAGCGAUCCCCUGCAGUUCAUGUCUCUCCACAUACCUGAGGAGAACAGGUCGGUGGAUAUCCUGGAGCUGUCAGAGCAGAAGGACUUAUUAAAGUUUCAUUACCACACUCUCAGACUGUACUCCGCAAUCUGCGCCUUGGGGAACAAUAGAGUGGCUCAUGCUCUAUGCUCUCACAUCGAUGAGGCCCAGCUCCUACAGGCUAUAGAGAACAAGUACAUGCCAGGUUUGCUUCGUGCAGGCUACUAUGACCUCCUCAUCGACAUCCACCUGAGGAGCUAUGCAACAGCUCGGCUUAUGAUGAAUAAUGAGUACAUUGUGCCCAUGACACAUGAAACAAAAAGCAUCACACUGUUUCCAGACGACCUGAAGAAGCAUGGCCUGCCAGGCAUCGGACUCAGCACAUCCCUGAGACCCAGAAUGCACUUCUCCUGUCCAAGCUUUAUACGUGUGACUGAGUCCUCAUGCCAUGACAACGGAAACAGUGGACCAGGAAGUUGUUUCCAGUACAGCCCCGAGUUCCCUUUAGAUAUUUUAAAAGUGAAAACUAUCGAGAUGCUGACAGAGGCAGUGCGGGAGGGAAGCAUGCAUGUUCGGGAUCCAGUAGGGGGAAGCACAGAGUUGCUAUUCGUCCCUCUUAUCAAGCUGGUCUACACCAUGCUCAUCAUGGGAAUUUUCCAAAAUGGAGAUCUGAAGAACAUUCUCCAACUCAUUGAACCAUCUGUGUUCUCUGAACCAAGAGACGAGCAGGAAGAGCUUCCCAGAGAGCUGGAGAUGCUGAAGAACGUGGAAACAGCCGGAAGAGGAGAGGAUGGAGGGAGGAACCUGCCAAAGGAGGGGCUGCUGCAGAUGAAGCUGCCAGAGCCCGUUAAACUGCAGAUGUGCCAUGUGUUGCAGUACCUGUGUGACUGCCAGGUGCGCCAUCGUAUCGAGGCGGUGGUGGCCUUCUCCGAUGACUUUGUUGCUUGUCUCCAAGACAACCAGCGCUUUCGCUACAAUGAAGUGAUGCUGGCUCUGAACAUGUCUGCUGCACUCACUGCCAAGAAAACCAAAGAGUUCAGAUCUCCCCCACAGGAACAGAUCAACAUGCUGCUGAACUUCAAGGAUGACAAGCAGGAAUGUCCCUGUCCGGAAUAUAUCCGGGAGCAGCUACUGGACUUCCAUGAAGAUCUGAUGAGACACUGUGAGCUGGACGAGGAGAGAGGAAUAGAUGGGGACAGUGACUUCACCAUUCGAGGUCGUCUCAUGUCGCUGGUGGAGAAGGUGUCCUACCUGAAGAAGAAGAUGGGCAGCCUGCCCAAGGAAAAAAAGGACAGGAAGCCCAGUACCUUACAACAGCUUAUCUCUGAUACGAUGGUCCGCUGGGCUCAGGAGUCUGUUAUAGAGGAUCCAGAGCUAGUGAGAGCCAUGUUUGUCCUUCUGCACCGCCAGUAUGAUGGCAUUGGAGGACAGGUUCGAGCUCUUCCUAAAGCCUACACUAUCAACUCCGUAUCCAUAGAGGACACCAUCAACCUGCUGGCUGCCCUGGGUCAGAUCCGCUCUCUGCUGAGCGUCCGGAUGGGCAGAGAGGAGGAGAAGCUGAUGAUCAGAGGGCUUGGUGAUAUCAUGAACAACAAGGUGUUCUACCAGCAUCCCAACCUGAUGAGGGCUCUGGGCAUGCAUGAGACGGUCAUGGAGGUCAUGGUUAACGUUCUCAGUGGAGGAGACUCCAAGGAAAUCACCUUCCCUAAAAUGGUGGCCAACUGUUGUCGGUUUCUGUGCUACUUCUGCCGAAUCAGUCGCCAGAACCAGAAGGCCAUGUUUGACCAUCUGAGCUACCUGCUGGAGAACAGCAGCGUAGGCCUUGCCUCUCCUUCCAUGCGUGGAUCCACUCCUCUGGACGUGGCUGCAGCAUCAGUCAUGGAUAACAAUGAACUGGCUCUGGCUCUAAGAGAACCAGAGCUGGAAAAGGUGGUGCAGUAUCUGGCUGGCUGUGGGCUGCAGAGCUGUGUAAUGCUGGUGCAUAAGGGAUACCCAGACAUCGGCUGGAACCCUGUGGAGGGGGAGCGCUACCUGGACUUUCUGCGUUUUGCUGUCUUCUGCAAUGGGGAGAGCGUGGAAGAGAACGCCAACGUUGUGGUGAGGCUUCUUAUUCGCCGGCCUGAAUGUUUUGGCCCCGCUCUUCGAGGUGAAGGCGGUGAUGGCUUGCUUGCAGCAAUGGAGGAAGCCAUCAGAAUCUCUCAGGAUCCUUGCAGAGACGGGCCGUCUCCGGUGUCUGAGAGCAGCAGAACACUCAGUGACAUGCUGGAUGAAGAGGAGGAUGAUACCAUCCACAUGGGCAAUGCCAUUAUGACCUUCUACUCUGCACUUAUUGAUCUGCUGGGUCGCUGUGCUCCAGAGAUGCAUCUGAUCCAUGCUGGUAAAGGUGAAGCCCUCCGCAUCAGAGCCAUUUUAAGGUCUCUGAUUCCCAUCGACGACCUGGUGGGAGUCAUCAGCAUCCCCUUCUCCAUGCCCAACCUGGCUAAAGAUGGGAUAGUUGUGGAGCCAGACAUGUCAGCAGGUUUCUGUCCAGACCAUAAAGCAGCCAUGGUCCUUUUCCUGGACCGGGUCUAUGGUAUAGAAGACCAGAAUUUCCUCCUCCACCUUCUUGAGGUUGGAUUCCUGCCAGAUCUCAGAGCUGCUGCCUCUCUGGACACUGCUGCCCUCAGUGCCACAGAUAUGGCUCUGGCCCUCAACAGGUACCUGUGUACAGCGGUGCUGCCCCUCCUGACCAAAUGUGCUCCUCUGUUUGCGGGGACCGAGCCGUUCGCCUCUCUGAUCGACUCCCUCCUCCACACGGUGUACCGGCUGUCCAAAGGCUGCUGCCUUACCAAAGCUCAGAGGGACGCUAUAGAGGAGUGUCUGCUGGCUGUUUGUGGUAAGCUGAGGCCUUCAAUGAUGCAGCACCUGCUGAGGAGGCUGGUGUUCGACGUUCCCCUGCUGAAUGAACACACCAAGAUGCCUCUGAAGCUGCUGACCAAUCACUAUGAGCGCUGCUGGAAGUAUUACUGCCUGUCCGGAGGCUGGGGCAGCUUUGGAGUGGCUUCAGAUGAAGAGCUUCACCUCUCCAGGAAACUGUUCUGGGGAAUAUUUGAUGCUCUGUCCUGCAAGCGUUAUGAUCAGGAGCUGUUUAAGCUGGCACUGCCGUGUCUGAGCGCGGUGGCAGGCGCUCUUCCUCCAGACUACAUGGAGUCCAACUACAUGUCCCUGAUGGAGAAACAGUCCUCCAUGGAUUCAGAGGGAAACUUCAACCCACAACCUGCAGACACCACUAAUGUAACUGUUCCUGAAAAGCUGGACUAUUUUAUAACCAGAUAUGCCGAGCAUAACCAUGAGAGGUGGUGCAUAGAGAAGUUUUCCCAUGGCUGGACAUAUGAAGAACACCUGUGUGAGAGCAGUAAGACCCAUCCCCUUCUGAAGCCAUACAAAGCUCUGUCUGAGAAGGACAAGGAGGCGUACUGCUGGUCUGUCAGAGAAUCUCUGAAGACGAUGCUGUCGUGGGGCUGGAGCAUCGACAGAAACAGAGAGGGAGACACAGCCUCCCUCCACAACAAAUCCAGACGGAUAUCAAUGGCCAGCCAGCUGUCUUUUGAAGGAACUCCAGCUUUCAGCCCAAGACCUGUUGACAUGAGCAAUGUUACACUGUCCAGAGAUAUGCAGUCUAUGGCUGAGCUGCUUGCUGAAAAUUAUCAUAAUAUCUGGGCAAGACAAAAGAAAAUGGAGCUGGAAGCUAAAGGUGGAGGAAGACAUCCUCUUCUAGUUCCCUAUGACACUCUGACUGCCAAAGAGAAAUCCAAAGACCGAGAAAAAGCUCAAGACAUUCUCAAGUUUCUCCAGAUCAACGGUUACAUCGUAUCCAGAGGAAAGAAGUCUCCAGAGCUGGACACUCCAGCAAUCGAGAAGAGGUUUGCCUACACCUUCCUCCAGAAGCUCAUCACAUAUGUAGACCAGGCUCAUCAGCAUAUGAUGGAGUUUGAUGUGGGAGCAAAGCUGAAAGGAGGAAAGAUUCCUCAUGAACAGCAAAUAAAGUUCUUUGGAAAGGUUGUUUUGCCGUUGGUGGAUCAGUACUUUAAAAACCACAGGCUGUACUUCCUGUCCACAGCCAUUCAUCCAAUCAGCAGUGGAGGCCAUGCCUCAAAUAAGGAGAAGGAGAUGGUGACCAGUCUUUUUUGCAAACUUGGAGUUCUUGUCAGACAUAGGAUAUCCUUGUUCGGGAACAAUGCAACAUCAAUCGUCAACUGUCUGCAGAUACUAGGACAGAGCCUAGAUGCGAGGACAGUAAUGAAGACUGGGCUGGAGUCAGUGAAGGCAGCUCUGCGGUCCUACUUUGAUAGUGUGGCAGAAGAUUUGGAGAAAACUCAGGAGAACCUGAAGCUGGGCCAGUUCACCCACUCCAGAGAACAACCACGUGGCGUCACUCAGAUCAUCAACUACACCACCUUCGCCCUGCUGCCGGUGCUCUCCUCCCUGUUUGAGCACAUCGGGCAGAACAUGUUUGGAGAGGACCUCAUGUUGGAUGAAGUCCAGGUGUCCUGCUACAGAAUACUGAAUAGUCUCUACUUCCUGGGAACCAACAAAAGUAUCUAUGUGGAGAGACAGCGGCCAGCUUUAGGAAAGUGUUUAGCUGCCUUCUCAGCAGCCUUCCCUGUCGCCUUCCUGGAGCCACAGCUCAACAAGUUUAACAGCUUCUCCAUUUACAACAACAAAGCAAGCAAAGACAGAACAGCUUUGGGUCUGCCAGGGCCAGUUGGAGAGGUGUGUCGUUUGGUUCCAAACCUCGAAAAGUCUCUGGAAGAGAUCAUGGAGCUGGCUGAGUCUGGCAUGAAGUAUACUCAGAUGCCUCAUGUAAUGGAGGUAGUGUUACCCAUGUUGUGCAGCUAUAUGUCACACUGGUGGGAGCAUGGACCAGAAAGCAAUCCUGACGAGGAUGACAGCUGCUGCACAUCUGUUACCUCGGAGCACAUGAAUACACUGCUGGGAAACAUUCUGAAAAUCAUCUACAACAACCUGGGAAUCGACGAGGGGGCCUGGAUGAAAAGACUGGCUGUCUUUUCCCAGCCAAUCAUCAGCAAAGCUAAAGCCCAACUAUUACAGACACACUUCCUGCCACUUAUGGAUAAACUCAAAAAGAAAGCUGCAGUGGUUCUGAUGGAUGAGGAGCAGAGCAGGGCUGAAGGGAGAGGUGAGAUGUCUGAGACAGAGCUCCUCAUCAUGGAUCAGUUUACCAUACUGGUCAGAGACCUGUAUGCCUUCUACCCCCUGCUCAUACGAUUUGUGGACUACAACAGAGGAAGAUGGCUAAAAGAGUCCAACCCAGAGGCAGAAGAGCUGUUCAGAAUGGUGGCUGAAGUUUUCAUAUUUUGGGCCAAGUCUCAUAACUUCAAGAGAGAAGAGCAGAAUUUUGUGGUCCAGAAUGAAAUCAACAACAUGUCAUUCCUUAUCUCCGACACCAAGUGCAAGAUGUCAAAGGGUAUAGUUUCAGACCAGGAGAGGAAGAAAAUGAAGAGGAAGGGUGAUCGAUACUCAACUCAGACCAGUUUGAUCGUGGCCACGCUAAAACGCCUGCUGCCUGUGGGACUGAACAUCUGUGCUCCAGGAGAACAGGAGCUCAUCGCCCUGGCUAAGAACCGAUUCACACAGAAAGACACAGAGGAUGAGGUUCGAGAGAUCAUCAGGAACAAUCUCCAUUUACAAGGGAAGCUGGAGGAUCCAGCAAUUCGCUGGCAGAUGGCUUUGUACAGAGACCUGCCCUACCACUAUGAGGACACAUCUGACCCAGAAAAGACUGUGAAAAGAGUCCUGGACAUUGCUCAUGUCCUCUUCCACCUAGACCAGGUAGAGCAUCCUCAGCGCAGCAAGAAAGCUGUAUGGCACAAACUGCUGUCCAAGCAAAGAAAGCGAGCCGUAGUUGCUUGUUUCAGGAUGGCACCCCUCUAUAACCUGCCGAGGCACAGAGCUGUGAACUUGUUCUUGCAAGGCUAUGAGAAGUCCUGGAUCGAGGCAGAAGAGCAUUAUUUUGAAGACAAACUCAUCGAGGACCUUGCUGUAAGAUAUUGUGCAUUCAAAGUUAAGCAAAAAGCAGGUGAACGAGAGCCAUCUGAAGAAGAGGAGGGCAUAAAACACAUCGAUCCUCUCCAUCAACUUAUCCAGCUCUUCAGCAGAACAGCCCUCACCGAGAAAUGUAAGCUGGAUGAAGAUAACCUUUACAUGGCGUAUGCUGACAUCAUGGCAAAGAGUUGUCACGAUGAAGAGGAUGAAGAAGGAGAAGUUAAAAGCUUUGAAGAGAAGGAGAUGGAGAAGCAAAAGCUGCUGUAUCAGCAGGCCCGACUGCACGACCGCGGAGCUGCAGAGAUGGUCCUUCAAACCAUCAGCGCCAGCAAAGGUGUUAUGGGCCCUAUGGUUGCAUCCACUCUGAAACUGGGUAUAGCCAUUCUCAAUGGAGGAAACUCAACUGUACAACAGAAAAUGUUGGAUUAUCUAAAGGAAAAGAAGGAUGUGGGCUUCUUCCAAAGUCUGGCUGGUCUAAUGCAGUCCUGCAGUGUUCUGGAUCUGAAUGCAUUUGAGAGGCAGAACAAAGCAGAGGGGCUGGGCAUGGUGACAGAGGAGGGAUCAGUCAUCACUCAUGAGCGUGGUGAGAAGGUCAUGCAGGAUGAUGAGUUCACCUGUGACCUUUUCCGCUUCCUGCAGCUGCUUUGCGAAGGACACAACUCAGAUUUCCAGAACUACUUGAGGACACAAACUGGGAACAAUACAACUGUCAACAUCAUCAUCUCUACUGUUGACUACUUACUCAGAGUACAGGAGUCUAUCAGUGACUUUUACUGGUAUUAUUCUGGGAAGGAUGUUAUUGACGAGCAGGGCCAGAGGAAUUUCUCCAAGGCAAUCAAUGUGGCCAAACAGGUGUUCAACACGCUUACAGAGUAUAUCCAGGGACCGUGCACAGGCAACCAGCAGAGUUUGGCACACAGUCGCUUGUGGGAUGCUGUGGUUGGCUUCCUGCAUGUCUUUGCUCACAUGCAGAUGAAAUUAUCUCAGGACUCCAGUCAGAUUGAGUUACUGAAAGAGCUGAUGGAUCUGCAGAAAGACAUGGUGGUUAUGUUGCUGUCUAUGCUAGAAGGUAAUGUAGUAAAUGGGACAAUUGGCAAACAAAUGGUUGAUAUGUUGGUGGAAUCGUCCAACAACGUGGAGAUGAUCCUCAAGUUCUUUGACAUGUUCCUGAAACUGAAAGACCUGACCUCCUCUGAUGGUUUCAAGGAGUACGACCCCGAUGGAAAAGGUGUCAUCUCCAAAAGGGACUUCCAUAAAGCCAUGGAGAGCCACAAACACUACACCCAGUCUGAAACAGACUUCCUCCUCUCCUGUGCUGAGACUGAUGAGAAUGAACUUCUGGACUAUGAGGAGUUUGUGAUGCGUUUUCAUGAACCAGCCAAGGACAUUGGCUUCAAUGUGGCAGUUUUGUUGACAAAUCUGUCCGAGCACAUGCCUCAUGACACCCGCCUGCAGACCUUCCUGGAGCUGGCCGAGAGCGUCCUCAACUACUUCCAGCCAUAUCUGGGCCGGAUUGAGAUCAUGGGCAGCGCCAAGCGCAUUGAGCGGGUUUACUUUGAAAUCAGUGAGUCCAGUCGGACACAAUGGGAGAAACCUCAGGUUAAAGAAUCAAAACGCCAGUUCAUUUUCGAUGUGGUGAAUGAAGGUGGAGAGAAAGAGAAGAUGGAGCUGUUUGUGAAUUUCUGUGAGGACACCAUCUUUGAAAUGCAGCUAGCAGCGCAGAUGUCCGAUGCUGGCGAGCGCUCAGCUGUGAAAGAAGAGAGUGAGCGAGAGAAAUGUGAUGAGGAAAACCCUGACAUGGGCUUCUUCUCUGUGUCUACUGUGCGCUUGGCUUUAAUCGCCCUUCGUUAUAACGUCAUGUUGCUCAUAAAGGUGUUGUCAAUGAAGAGUCUAAAGAAACAAAUGAAGAAGAUCAAGAACAUGACACUGAAAGACCUGGUGACCACUCUGGUGUCUUUCUACUGGUCAGUGCUGCUGAGUCUCCUCCAUGUGACCUUCAGUGUGGCUCGAGGAUUUUGCAGAAUCUUCUACAAUACCUUCAUGGGAGGGAAUUUAGUAGAGGGAGCCAAAGCUGUCAAGGUGUCAGAACUGCUGGCCACCAUGCCUGACCCCACCCAGGACGAGGUCCGCAGUGAAGGAGAUGAGAGGGAGAAGAGGCUGUCUGAGCGCAGCUCCCCGAAGGAGGACCUGGCUGACCUAGCAGUUAAUACCAGUGAAACUGAGCUGCUGUCGGACAUUUUUGGUCUUGACUUGAGAAGAGAGGGGGGACAGUACAAAAUCACCCCCCAUAACCCCAAUGCUACCCUCACAGAGCUCCUCAACUCCCCAGUGGCCCCCUCAGCUCCUCCUCCUGCUUCACAGCCAGAACUAAGACAAAGACACCAGUCAAAGAGUGGUCCCUCUGAAAAGAAGGAAGAAAUACCAGAAGCUGAACCUGAAAAAAUGUCAGAAGAGGAACAUGUGGUGAAACAAGAGAAACAAGUGAAGAAUGAGAAGAUGAAAUCAAAAGUGAGAAAGCAUCACAACUCAAAGUCUGAUGAACCAGACCUGCAGGAGUCGGCCUUCCUGAAGAAAAUCCUGGCCUACCAGAGGAAACUGCUGAACUACUUUGCCAGAAACUUCUACAACAUGAGGAUGCUGGCCCUGUUUGUUGCAUUUGCAAUUAAUUUUAUACUUCUAUUCUAUAAGGUUUCUACUUCUUCAUCCCUGGUGGAAGAGAAGGAAGCUGUUCACACCAGCAGCCAUCCAGACAGCAGUGUCCAGUGGGAUCCACUGCUUGGAGAAAGGCUGGAAUCGAACGAGCGGGUAUCGGGUGAGACGGGCGAGCCUCUGAAGCCGGUCUCAGUGCGUUUUGUUCUGGAGGAAAGCAGCGGAUACAUGGAGCCCAUGUUGCGGAUCCUGGCUGUUCUCCAUACUGUCAUUUCUUUCUUCUGCAUCAUCGGAUACUACUGUCUGAAGGUUCCACUGGUAAUCUUCAAACGUGAAAAGGAAGUGGCCAGGAAGCUUGAAUUUGAUGGUCUUUACAUCACAGAGCAACCAUCUGAGGACGACAUUAAAGGACAGUGGGACAGACUUGUGAUCAACACACAAUCCUUCCCCAACAACUACUGGGAUAAGUUUGUCAAGAGGAAGGUGAUGGAUAAGUACGGGGAGUUUUAUGGCCAUGACCGCAUCAGUGAGCUGCUGGGGUUGGACAAGGCUGCUCUGGAUUUCAGUGAUGCUCACAAGAAAAGAAAACCCAGGAAAGACAGUUCACUGGCCGCUGUGCUCAACUCCAUCGAUGUGAAGUAUCAGAUCUGGAAGCUUGGGGUUGUUUUUACUGAUAAUUCCUUCCUGUAUCUGGCCUGGUACAUGACCAUGUCCAUCCUGGGUCACUAUAACAACUUCUUCUUUGCUGCCCAUCUGCUGGACAUUGCUAUGGGCUUCAAGACCCUGCGGACCAUCCUCUCUUCAGUCACACAUAAUGGUAAACAGCUUGUGCUCACUGUCGGUCUGUUAGCUGUGGUGGUUUACCUUUACACAGUGGUUGCCUUCAACUUCUUUAGAAAGUUUUACAACAAAAGUGAAGAUGGAGAACUUCCAGACAUGAAGUGUGAUGACAUGUUGACAUGUUACAUGUUUCACAUGUAUGUGGGCGUUCGAGCAGGCGGAGGGAUUGGCGACCAAAUUGAGGAUCCUGCGGGCGAUGAGUACGAGAUCUACCGGAUCAUCUUUGACAUCACAUUCUUCUUCUUUGUCAUUGUAAUCCUGCUGGCCAUCAUACAGGGCUUGAUCAUUGAUGCUUUUGGUGAACUGAGAGACCAGCAGGAACAAGUCAAAGAAGACAUGGAGACCAAAUGUUUCAUCUGUGGAAUAGGAAAUGAGUAUUUUGACACAGUACCACAUGGGUUUGAAACUCACACACUACAAGAGCACAACUUAGCCAACUACUUAUUCUUUUUGAUGUAUCUGAUAAACAAAGAUGAAACUGAGCACACAGGCCAGGAGUCUUAUGUAUGGAAGAUGUACCAGGAGCGCUGCUGGGAGUUUUUUCCUGCUGGUGACUGUUUCCGGAAACAGUAUGAGGAUCAACUCAACUGAGCUCAGCCUGUCCUUCAUCGUGGCCCUCUUGUUUGCUCUCCUAGAAGCAGCCAAACAACUCUGUCCUCUCUGUUCCACUUGUUAGUCCAAGCGGAUCCAGAUGUUCUUCCCUUCCUCAAGCCAUCCUUAUUUAGACAGUCAGCCUGUUAACUCUGACAUAACCUUCAGCCCACUUUGUUUGAAUGCUUCUUGUACAUAAACAAUAUAAGAUUAUAAUAUGUACCAUAUGUGACUGAUGGCAUGUCAAGAUUUCUAUCUCAAGUGAU